AUGUCUGCUGCCACGAUCGUCAACGUUCUCCCCCUGAAGCCGGUGUCCCUGACAACAGCGGCUCCUCAAUUCCUACUUCUGUGCGCCGUUCUAAUUGCGGCUCAACUGCCCUGGACACGACAUAUCGGCUCAUACCUCGCCCGACGCUUCUAUGGUCUGCUGUAUCUCGUCCGCGGGCCGCAGGUCAUUGACCAUGCGUAUGACAAAGCCAAGGGACAACCUUUUAAGGUUUCAACGCCGUCGAAUGAUCAUCUCCUCGUCACGUCCAAUGAUCUUAUCAAGGAGCUGAUCCAUGCGCCGCUGGAGCAUCUCUCGCUACACGCGGUAGCCAAGGAGAUUCUCCAGCCCAAGCACACCAUGUAUGGCUUCGAAUGGCAAGACCAACGUGGUGUUGAGGGGACUGGCUUCGUUCGAGCACUGCGGAGCCUCUUGACAUCCCAUCUGCCCCAGUUUCAGCCUGACCUCGAGCGUAUACUCAACGAGUCUAUGGAAAAAGAACUAGGAACUAUUCGACCUGACGGAUACGCACACGCAAAGCUCUUUCCGUUGAUGAAGAAGAUUGUGACCAAGGUUAACUGCUUCAUCUUUUUCGGGGACGAGCUGUCGAGAAAUACCGAGUUCACAGAUGCUGCACUCGAGUUUCCACAAGCCGUCAUCUUUGCCGCGGAAUUCCUGCGCAUCACACCAGGCUUCCUCCGGCCGUUCGUGGCGUCCGCUGCUACGAGCAGACACAAAGCCGCGAAGACGCUGCACAGGUAUCUCGUCCCGAUUGUCGAGCAACGGCUCGCGACGGAUUGCAUCCAGUGGCUGAUCGACACGUCGCCGCGCAAGAACCCCUGGACCGCUUCAAGAAUGGUGGGAGAAAUCAUGGCAGUCUGGUUCGGCUCCGUCCAUCAGCUCGCUAUGACUACGACAUAUGCGAUUGAAGAUCUGUGCCUCCACCCAGAGCAUAUCGCUCCGCUACGUGAGGAGGCUCAAGAGCUAUUCCUUGCAGAAGAUUCACCACGCGAUGUCAACAUGCUGUUAUUCCUAGACAGCUUCAUCAAGGAGUCCAUCCGGUGCUCAAACUCAGAUGCUAUUACUUGUCGCCGCAAGGCCCUGGUAUCAUACACAUUCGGGGACGGAUCGACCAUCAACAAGGGCGACUGGGUCUGCGUUCCGCAGCGGGCCAUGAUGCAGGACAGUACGCGGUACCGCGACCCUCAAACCUUUGACGGCUUCCGCUUCGCUCGCGCCAACGCGCAGUUUCGUCACCAGCAGCAGCAACAGCAGCCCUACUCCGCCGACGUCCCCGACCGGAAGGAGUCGAGCCUGACGGACGCCAGCGCGGAGUGGCCGAUCUGGGGAUUUGGUAACACGGCAUGUCCCGGUCGAUUUUACGCCAAUCUGGUGACGAAGCUCAUACUGAUCCGCAUCCUGGACGUGUGGGAGUGCAAGAUGCGGGACCCUGCCGCGCCGAGGUCGAGGGUGUGGCGGUCAAGUAUGGUUCCGAGAGGGGAUACUAUCGUCAUGUUCCGAAAGCGAGAGACGGCAGACUGA